GCACGUGUAAAGGACUCAUCAGUCUGCAAUACAGGAAGGAGAGAACAAAAACAGUCACUAAGUUAGAGAGCCAGUUUUAUAGUAGAAUUUAAAGGGCUGCUGCAGUGAUCACUGGCAGGAGAGAGAUUGACUCACUGUGAGUUGUGCUGCAGACUGGGAGUUUCACCUGAGGGUCCAGGAGGAGGAGGGUCCCUCCCACAGAUCAGCCCCUCUCUGGCUGCACGCUCAGACCUCACAUCAAUUUCUAAACUUAUCUGUUUGUCUCAGGGAGAGAGACAGAGGUAUCUGCUGGAAGAAGUCUCACAAGAACAAAAGAAGGAAUAUUCUCUUUCUUCUUUUUUAUUUUGCUUUCACACAGACUUUUUUUUUCUCUGUGGUUUACUCACCUCUGAGUCACAGGCUGGGACACAAAAACGACCUUUUCUGUUAGUCACAAUCACAACAAACUUUUUUAGCCCUCCAUGGGAAAUGUUAAAUAGUAAGUUUCGAUGAGUACAGAGGAAUCGUAUUACUUUGGUGGUUUGGACUUGAAUUAUUGCAUAUCUGCGAGAUUAGUUCGGAUUCACUGAGAGUCAGACCAGGAAGAAUAAGAUCUCUGCAUAUCUCACAGGAAAACAUCACUUUAUUGGAGCGACUACAUCAUUUGCUCUUUUUGGAUACAGUCGGGGAAAAGUUCUGUCUGAUUUACACUAAGGAUUUCCCCUUGGUGGGGUCUUGCAAAGUUUUUGGAUUUUUUUUAUUUUUUGUUUGAUUAGUCCCUGAGAACAUCAGUGGUGUCCUCCUCUGUCACAAAGCCAUGCCUCAGCUCUCAGGAGCAGGGGGAGGCAAUGGAGCUGGGGGGGACCCCGAGCUUUGUGCCACAGAUGAGAUGAUCCCCUUUAAGGAUGAAGGUGAUCCCCAGAAGGAAAAAAUCUACGCAGAGAUCAGCCAUCCUGAAGAAGAAGGUGACCUUGCAGAUAUCAAGUCUUCUUUGGUCAACGAGUCAGAGAUCAAUCCCAACAGUCACGAGGUUUCGAGGCGAAGACCAGGUUCAUAUCAUGAAAAAUCUAGAGAGCAUCCAGAUGAAGCUGGAAAACAUCCGGAUGGUGGUCUAUACAGCAAAGGACCCUCUUAUACAGGAUACCCAAGUUAUAUCAUGAUGCCAAAUAUGAAUAAUGACCCAUACAUGCCAAACGGAUCUUUGUCUCCACCCAUCCCAAGAACAUCAAAUAAAGUUCCCGUGGUUCAGCCGUCGCACGCCGUUCAUCCUCUCACUCCUCUCAUCACGUACAGUGACGAACACUUUCCUCCAGGAACACAUCCUUCACAUAUACCAUCAGAUGUCAACACAAAACAAGGCAUGCACAGACAUCAUCAAGCCCCAGAUCUUCCUACUUUCUAUCCACUUUCACCAAGUAGUGUGGGCCAGAUGACUCCACCACUGGGCUGGUAUUCACAUCACAUGGUACCUGGACCUCACCCAACUGGAAUUCCUCACCCAGCUAUUGUCAAUCCUCAGGUUAAACAAGAACAUCCACACAAUGACAAUGACUUAAUGCACACCUCUACUGGGUACACAUCGCUUUACAAUUUACAGGAAUUACAGAUUGUAAGCUCUGACGAGCAGGAGCCUGACCUUCUUUUAUAUGGGAAACCUCACCAUGAACAGAGAAAAGAACAAGAGCCAAAAAGACCUCACAUAAAGAAACCUCUGAACGCUUUCAUGUUGUAUAUGAAAGAAAUGCGAGCGAAUGUAGUAGCAGAGUGUACGCUUAAAGAAAGUGCUGCCAUAAACCAGAUUCUCGGCAGAAGGUGGCAUGCUCUGUCCCGUGAAGAACAGGCCAAAUACUACGAGUUAGCCCGCAAAGAAAGACAGCUUCACAUGCAGCUAUAUCCUGGAUGGUCUGCAAGAGACAACUACGGUAAAAAAAAGAAGAGAAAGAGAGAAAAACUUCAAGAAUCUACAUCAGGUGCAGGCCCUCCAAGAAUGACAGCUGCCUACAUCUGAAGCAUGGAGGAAAGAAAAAUGCAUUCUCAACUUGCAAAGCUAAGGCUGCACCAGCAGGAGCCCUUCUGGAGAUGGAAGCUUGUUAAACUGUCUGUCUCUAUAAACAGCAUUGCAAUUCCCCAAGGAGGCUGUGUAAUGACAUUAAUAUGUUACUGCUAGAGACAUUACCGUAUAGACAAUCACUGCCUGAAGUCUGGCACCCCCUGUACCCGACCCGCCUUCACACCAUAUUCCCUGGACAGGAAGACACGGAGUUGUCAGCAUAACCCAUUAUUUUUCACUUUCUUCAUGUCUCAGCGCGUGUGUGACGUUCCCUAACUAAUCCAGCCACAGUGCAGACCAAACAGUGCAGAUCUUGGACAAGAAACAUUGAAGAGACAUUCUGUCCCAGAUAAACCUCUUUUAUUUAAGUAUGGAGCAAAAGGAUCAAUUUUUUUUAAGGUUUUUUUUUUUUUUUUUAAACCAUCGUAUUGUUUUUUGUUUUCUUUUCCAUAAAACUUGAAUGCUUUUAUAUAUCAGAUUUGAGGAUCGAUUGAUGUAUAUUUUAUUAGUGGGGGUAAAUUUCCCUCCUUUCUUGAGGAAACAUGCAUGAAAAUAUGGCUUUUUUGAUAAAUCUGGUGUUCCUACAUUUAGGGUCUUGAUUGGCAAAGCAAACAAUGUUUUGUUAUGUUCUUUUUGCGUCCAAUACCUAACAGACUUUUUUUUUUGUAGUUUUAUACAAAAUGUUACUUAAUUAAAAAAAAUAAAAUUCAUCUUAUAAACAAUGGGGUCUCUAAAUGCAAGAGUGCCUCUUACAGCAAAAGAGUCAACGAGUAAUACCCUUUUUGUUUCCUAAUUAGCUAUUUUUCUUUUAGGUUUUAUAUUUAACACAAAAUUUCCUUAAUAAAGGCUUGUUUGAGCUGUGUAUUUAAAAAUAUUUUAAAUCAACAUCAUCUUCCAAAUAAGACUAAGGGGUCAAUUUAUUAAUGUGCAAGCGGACAUGAUACGAUGUAGCAUAUCAUGUCCGCUGCACAUCGAUAAAUGCUGACAGCAUACGCUAUCGGCAUUUAUCAUUUGCAAUGCCGCCCCCUGCAGAUUUGCGGCCAAUCGGCCACUAGCAGGGGGUGUGAAUUAACCCGAUCGUAUUCGAUCGGGUUGAUUUCUGUCCGCCGCCUCAGAGCAGGCGGACAGGUUAUGGAGCAGCGGUCUUUAGACCACUGCUACAUAACUUCUGUUUCUCGCCAGAAACACGGGGCAUCAAGCUCCGUACGGAGCUUGAUAAAUUGACCCCUUUAUGGCAACAAGUUUCUUUGUAUUCUCCCUUCAUACAUUGUAAAGAAAGCCCAGCACUUGAAUUAGUUGUAACAAUCGUAAAUUGUACUGUAUUGUAUUUGUUUUGCAUAUUUUUUUUUUUAUUAUUAUUAUUUUUUUACUAUUAUUAUUUUGACCUAUAGUGGGAUUUAAUGCCAGUUGUUGAAAAAAAGAAAUUUUUUGAUGUAUCCCUCUUUUUAUUAGUAAAGCACAGGCUUUGCCAAAAGAAAACUGUCAAAAAACUUUUUUUUUUGUCAUUCCAAUUUGCUUUAAUGUGCUGAGCAUAUGUUUUUUUUUUGUUUUUUUUUAAAAAAAAGCUUUGUAAUAAAACAAAAAAAAGUCAGUCAA